CUAAUUAGCGACAGGUGUGUUGGAGGUGUUUUCCCGCGCAGAGUGACAGUGGAAAGUCGGAGGACAGCCGUCUGCUGCGAUGAAAACAAAGUGGAAACUCUUUAUGUUGUUUAUUUGCGUUCUAUCAAAGGGGGCCGUCAAAUGUUUUGUUGAGUCCCGCGCGGUUCCGUUCAGCGCGGGAGAAGAACUUUUGGAGUUGCGUGAAAAGCCAUCCAGGAAGGACAGAGCUGGGGCGCACAGAUCGUCUCUUCUCAGUUCGGGGAAGACCUAUCACUCCAAGACUUUAGUGACGCCGUUGUCCAUGCGUCCAGUGCAGCCCGGGGCAGGGAUCCAGGCCGACGCCGCCAAAGGCCCGGACGUCUCUGUCACCUGCUUCCCGUCUGACUUUGUGGUGCGGGUGAACCCAGCUUUCUACGGGUUGGGCGCAGACGCGCAGGAGCUGACGCUUGGCAGCAGCUGCAAGAGCAACGGGGUGCUGAAACCUCAGGGAGAUCUGCUCUUCAAAUAUUCCUUGACUGCAUGUGAUGGAGUGCGUGAGCUGUCUCAUGGAUAUCUCAUCUACAAAAACGUGCUCCAUUAUGAACCCUCAUCCAAACGGUUUCCAAGCAGGGCCCAACAGCUGAGCAUCAACAUUGAAUGCCAUUAUCGAAGGGACCACUCUGUGCAUCAGCUUGCAGUGCAGCCCACUUGGCAAACUGUAUUGGUGCGCAAGAACCUGAAAGGACGUCAAAUGGAUUUUCAGCUCAAGCUAAUGGAAGAUUCCUGGAAAAUGCCAGCCAAGACGCAGGCGUAUCUACUGGGACAAACAGUAAACCUCCAAGUCUCUGCUCCCCACCUUCUCUCUGGAGAGAAAGUGUACAUCAAUAGCUGCUAUGUCACACCGACCGGGUCGAAAUCAUCCCUCAAAUACACCAUCAUCGAUAACUAUGGUUGCAUGCUGGACAGUAAACAGGACCCCGGAGCCUCACAGUUCAUUUCAAGGACAGACGACACCUUAAGGUUCUCUCUGAAGGCUUUCCAGUUCACAGCUGAUCCAGACACUGAGGUCAGCAUCCACUGCAAAUUAUUGGUCACAUCAGAGGAACCAGGACCGAUGUAUAAAUCCUGUACCUACAAAAGCCACAGAUGGAUGGCUCUCACUGGUGAGGACUCUCUCUGUGAAUGCUGUGAGUCAAAGUGUGUAACCUCCAAGUCCAGAAGGGCUUUGAAGGAAGGUUCGGCAAGUAGCAGGCCACUCCUAGUUUCUGAUCAGCCACAUGCAGCAGAUGAAGGCUUUAUACCUGCUGGUCCUUCUGCAAGCAGCUGGAGAAGAGGAGACAAGGAAAACCAUUACUCUAACCUUUACAACCAUGGGAAUUUCUGGGAAAAAACAAAUGCAGGAAAGUAUGGCAAAGCAGCUGCAGAACCUAAACUUGUCAAGUUUGAUUACAUGAAGGUUUUGGAGGAGGAGAUGGGUCAACCAGAGGAGACAAAUCUCGCUGACUUGAAAGAGGAUGGGUCAGGGGACCAGGAGGAAGACUUCCAAAAGAUUGAAGAGGAAGUCGAGCUGGAGAGUAAUGAAGAUGAACCCAGCUUGAACCAUCAGGGGAGUGAAGGGUCCAAUCCCACAGGGAAGAUUGAGGAACUGAUAACAACAGAGGAAAGCUCAAAGGAGAUGCUUGUUACCUUUGAAGAGAAGGAGCUGCAUGGGUGUGGAAGCAACAAGACCAUGAGGACUUCUGACCUUCCAUUGAAUGAAGACAGUCUAGCAGAUGAAAAGACGUGGUAUUUCACAUGGAGAUAGUUAAAUC